CGUAAUUAUUUUGGGUGGUGCCGUUGCCUAGCAACAUUUCAUAACACAUUGAAACUGGAGGCUCUGGGAAGAUGGAGAAGUACGAAAGGAUCUGCAAGAUAGGAGAAGGAGCUUAUGGUGUCGUUUUCAAGUGUCGACUGAAAGACUCUGGGCAGGUUGUUGCAAUAAAGAAAUUUGUUGAAACUGAGGAUGAUCCCAAUAUUAGGAGAAUAGCCAUGAGAGAGGUCAGGAUGCUAAGGCAACUUAAACAUGGCAACCUUGUCAAUCUCCUAGAAGUAUUUCGACGUAAACGUAAGCUCCAUCUUGUGUUUGAGUAUUGUGAUCACACUGUUCUCAAUGAGCUAGAGGCUCAUCCCAGAGGGUUGGAUGAGACAUCAGCUAAACGUAUUAUUUGGCAGACACUUCAAGGCGUUAAUUACUGCCAUCACCAAAAUGUAAUAUUAGGAUGUGUGUUUUGUGAGUUGUUAACAGGACAGCCUCUUUGGCCUGGAAGGUCUGAUGUUGACCAGUUACAUUUAAUAAUUCAAACACAAGGUGAUCUUAUACCUUAUCAUGUCAAGAUAUUCCAAGAGAGCACAUAUUUCAAGGACACUAGCAUCCCAUGUCCUGAUAAAAGGGAACCUAUUAGUGCAUUAUAUCCUCAAUUCUCCCAGCAGAUAUUAUCAUUCUUAGAGCAAGGAUGCUUGGCAAUGGAUCCCAUAGCAAGGCAGACAGCAGAGGAAUUACUAGACCAUCCUGUCUUUGAUGAUUUCAGGGAUUGGUUUCAACCAGAACUUGAGAUGCUGCUAGCUCGGGAAGCAAAGAAAGUUCACAAAUCAAAAGCUAAAGUUCAGCAGGCGUCUCGAUCUAAAGGACAUCUUGGAGGAGGAGCUACUGCUAGCAGUGCUGCAACAAUACCGAAUGAGAGCAGUGCCCUAGUACCACAAUUACCAGCACUUGCUGCCACUAAUAACAUUAUCCAGCAACAAAUAGAUACAGAACGUCGUGGACAUCAGCACCAGAAAUCAGAUAGUGUUGAUCACCUUCCAUCACUGACUUAACCAUUAGCUAAUGCAUGCAUACUGCUAACUUGCACAUUCUCUCUCUCUCUUUUCUCUCUCUCUGCCACUGCACUGUUACUAUCACAUCAAUCAAUUUAUACUCAUAAUAAUAAUAAUAAAGAUUAUAAUAAAGAUAA